AUGCCUCGAUUGGAGCGCCUUGUGCCAAAUAUGGACCGUCGGUCAAUGUGCAUCCACUACAAUGAGCAGUGCUACAAGAGUCUGUCCACGGACAGGCUCACAAAAAAGAAUGUCUCCAAACUGGACAGCCCUAACAAGCUCGGCAUGGGAAAGUGGCCCGACCAAGAUGCCAAGAAAAGGAGGUCCUCGAGCAUAACGAGGCACAUUCUCCAAAGUGGUGAGUGGGCUGUGCGGGUGAGGGGUCCUACAGUGACAGUGGUGGAAAUAGUUUCGUAUUAA